AGCACGGUUUGUGAGUCAAUCCUGCAUGCCUGACUUUCCAAGACCCUCGCGCUGAGCCCCUCAGCUGCGUGAGUAUUUCCAGCUACUUGUGUUUUUCCUCUUGUCCUGGCAUCUGUCGUGUAACCACUAACCACGCAAAUGCAGCCGUUAAUCAUCUUACAGGUUAAUCUACUGGGGAUAAAGGAUGUAGCAACGUUGGUGCCGGAGUUAGGCCGGAAGGUCCCUUCUGGAAGAGCUGUUUUGUGUUUGGAGCACAAGGGAAUAGCGCUUGUGAGCCCUACCGCCAAGACAGCUCUUUGUUACCUUAUUUGCAAGUUUUCUCAGUAGGACUAGAGAUCUUCAUCUCAUGUUAGAAAUGCGCUCUGGCUUUGAGCACCGAGCCACGAAAGGUGACGCCUCAGAGGAGCAGGGAGGCACCGCCGACUAGAAAUGACAAAUCCAUGUCACCCGGGACGUGAGGGCCAUGACAUCAAGCCUAAAGCACCUGUCACCCCACCACCCGCAUGGUUUCCCUUUUGUUCCCAUGGCUCUGUCCGGACUGUGUGCCCGCGUUCACAGAAGCAUGCAGAGUCGUCGCUCACGGGGAUGGAACUUCACGAGGGACUGUGGACUUUGUGUCGUUUCCCCCUCUGCGUGGUGAGCCGCGUCUCUGUGACGUUGCACCUGUUGCUCUGUAAUGAUUCACGUUCCCGUUCUCCGGGGACGGCUCACUUCAGCGCUUCUCCCUGUUACAUGCUGACGAGGAACGGACCUCUCUGGACAGUAGCUUCGCGGCCCUCGCAGCAGCCCCGGGGAGGAGGUCAUGGGGGGGAGGGGUAUGAACAUUUUUAUGGCUUUGAUCUGUUAUCGUCCAACUGUGUGAAGGACGCCUUUCUGAAUCCACUUUGAUGUGCUGCUGUUUUCUCCUGCCAGUUCUCGGCGAUAAGGAAAGAGAAUACUUCGUGCUUGAUGGAGGGAGUCAGAUCUGGGUCUGAAACGGGUUUUCUGCGUAACAACGAGAUGGGACCUAGUGAUGCCAGCUGCUGGUUGGGUGCUGAAAGAUGCCAUCUGUCUGGAGCUAGAAUGGGCUCCCCGAGGGACCUGGCCGUGGUGGUGGCAGGUGUUAACGAGCAGGCAUAAGGGACUGUUCGCUCGGAGCACAUGCUCUGAAGCCAUCGUCACUGCCAGCGGCGCCGGGAGCAGAAGGGCCCUUUGUGUGGCUGCUCGGGGGAGGCCUGGAGCCGCGUUACCUCGGCCUGACCAUGCUCAGGACCCUCUGGCUGGCCUUGCUUGCUCUGGUCAGCGCGGCAGGCCCCAGCCGGGCCAGCGGCUUCACAGAAACAGGCCUUUCCUUGCUGAGCUUCCAGCUGUGCGAGAACAGCGUGAUCCGAAACGUCCCGAAGGUGGAGGCUGUCCAGACAUCACACGUGACCUCCGUUCCCUGCGGCGGGUGGGUCCCGUGGAGGCGGUGCCCCAAGACGGUUUACAGAACCCAUUACCUGGCUGUGGAGGUCCCCGAGUCCAGGAACGUGACCGACUGCUGUGCGGGUUACGAGCAGCUGGGCCUCUACUGCGUCCUGCCUCUGAAUCGGUCCAGGGAGUUUGCCUCGAGACCUGGGGUCUGCCCGGUGGUCGGGCCGGAAGCACCCGCCUCAUCAUGCAUCCUGGACACAGACUGCCCGGGACUUCGGAAGUGCUGCCCCUCAUCCCGGGGCCGCCACUGCGUGGCUCCUGCCCCCCGAGCUCCAGAGAGCCCGGUGACCUUCUGGUACCAGGUGACUGUCCUGGUGAAAAUGGACUUCAAGGAGCUCGAGGCGGUGGACCCCAGACUCCUGGACCACAUGCGGCUUCUGCAUUCCAUGGUCGCCAGCGCCUUGCAGCCGCUACGCCCCGCUGUCCACCACCUACAGUCAGCCCGCGGGGACACCGCCAGUACGGUGUCACAGCUGCUGCUGGGCCUGCCGCGGCCGGCGCCGCUGGCCCGCGUCUCCGCGAUGCUGGACGAGGUCGUGAAGCGCGUCUACGAAGUGAUCAACAUCCAGGUGCAAGAUGUCGACGAAUGCUUCAUCGAGGAGCUCAGUGCCUGCUCUGGGACGGAGCAGUGUUUGAACGUGGAGGGCUCAUCCCAGUGUACCUGUCAUCCCGAGCCCCCGGCCUCGGCUCCCCAAAAGCUGAACCGCACGUGUGGAGACUGCCCUCCCGUCCGGGACUACGUGACCCUCAACGUCACCAGCAGCAGCUUCCGGGUGUCUUGGAGUUUAAACUCCACCCGGCCCCGCACGUUCCUCGUGCGGGUUUACAAGGCGGGGGAGCUCCUCCGGAGCGCCAGGACCACGGGGAGGACCCUGCAGGUGGCCGGGCUGGAGGCCGGAGAGCUGUAUGUGGUGAAGACCAGCUACCAGGCGUGCGGGGCCAAUGUCACAGCCACGCUGACUGUCAGAACAGAUGCCCGCGUCUUCGAAGUCACCAUCCGCGUCCUAAACCGCAGCGUGACGAAGGAGCUGCUCAAUCACAGCAGCCCCGAGUUCCGGGACUUUUCUCGACAGCUGCUCGGCGAGGUUGAAAACUCCUUCCCGCCGGCAGUAUCUGACCUGUACAGGAGAGGGAAGCUGACGGUGCGGAUCGUCUCCCUCCAGGCCGGAAGCGUGGUGGUGACACUCAGGCUGACGUUUCAGGACCCCGAGUUCCCAGUGGGAGUCUCCACGCUGGCCCCCAUGCUCCCGCCUCUGCUGGCAAGCACAGUGUUCCAGAUCGACCCGCAGGGGACACGCGUGCAAGAUUGGGACGAGUGUACAGACAGCCUGGGGCACGACUGCUCCCCUGCUGCCCAGUGCAUCAACCUCGAGGGCUCCUACACCUGUCGGUGCCGGACGUCCCGGGACGCCCACCCCUCCCGCGCGGGCCGGGCCUGCGAGGGUGACGUGGUGAACCCCACGGGGGGUAUCCUGGCUCCAGCAACAGGUGUAACAGCCCCAGCACUCAGCACAGGAACAAUAGCCCUUGACCGGGAGACUCCCAUCUCGUGGCCCAGCCCUGGGCACUCCUGGGGCACCCCUACAGCAGGCCAGGCCCAGACCCCAGGGCCCCCACCCAGGAGAGGGGGCAGCGGCGUGGUCAAGCAGGACAGGAACAGCACAGGGCAAGGCGUGGAGGACGAGGUGCCCAGAAUGGCCCCAGGCUUGGUGACUGGCCAGUGGACAGCCAGCAGGGCUCCGGGGACAACCCCCAGCUCCCCUCCUGGGACCAUGAAUGGCUUGCUGGACACCACUGGAUGGUUAGCAAGGAACUCCACCACAGAACCGUCCUUCUGGACCACUCCUACUGAGAGCCCCACAGACCACAUCGAGUGGCACGCCAGUCUCUCCUCUUGGAAUACACCACCAGCACCUUUGGACCCCACAGAGCCGCAGCCCUUGGACCCUGGGCCCUCCAGCUCCCCAGACCUGCCCUCAGCCCCCACGCCCGAGUCUCUGAAGCUUCCGGCCUGUGUUCCUGUCCCCAUCGAAAGGGUCACCGUCUCCAACGUGACCAGCACCAGCUUCCAGGUGGCAUGGGUGGCAGAUCUCACCCUGCACCCCACCUUCCAGCUCACCCUGACCCCCAUGCGGAGCCCUGCAGUGCACCUGGAGACCCGGAACUCAAGCCUGACGCUGUCGGGUCUGGAGCCUGGCGUCUUGCACCUGGUCGAGAUAGCGGCCGAAGCCUGUGGGCCAGGAAGCGCCAAGGCCCGCCUGAAAGUGAGGACAGCGGCCCAGAAACUCAGAGGCCAAGUCAGAAUCGCAGACGUCAGGUACGUGGAGGCCUUCCGCAAUGCCAGCAGCAAGGAGCAUCGGGACUUCCAGGAGCGGUUCCUUAGGGCGGUGCGGGCUUCCUUGCCAGCCGCCAUGCUUCGGCUCGUGGACACCGGCAAGGUCCAGGUGAAGGUGACCCGCAUCGCCAAUGGCAGUGUCGUGGUGGAGUUUAACCUGCUCAUCACCGCAGACGUGGAUGUCCACGAGGUGUCCGCCACGUUCCUCGUGGCCUUUCAGAGCGCGUCUCUGCUGCAGGCGGUCAGAGGGGACACCUUCAUACAGGAUUAUGAUGAGUGUGAGAACCAGGAGCACGACUGUGAGCCGGGCGCGUCCUGCCGCAACACCCUGGGCUCCUUCACCUGCAUCUGCGUGGGCGAUGCCCCCCGCUUCCCUGUGGAAUAUUCUGGAAGACCUUGUGAAGGUGACUCUCCUGGCAACACAACCCAGGCUCCCGGCCCCUCCCUGGCGCCUGGCCCGGAGCAGCUCCCCACCCCAGCAGGAUCCAAGACUGCCUCUGUGCCGGGUGCCAGCCGGGGCCCCCAGGACCCGCCCCAGCGGCUGAACCUGACCGAGGCGGUCAGGGUGCUCUGUGAGAUCGAGAAGGUGGCCAUCGCCAUCCAGAGGCGCUUCCUGCAGCAGGAAUCCAUCCCUGAGACUUCCCUGUACCUGGGACACCCAUCCUGCAACGUGAGCGACCACAACAGCACGCACGUGCUCCUGGUGGCUGGGUGGACCGAGUGCGGAACCGUCGUGCAAAGUAACAUGACGAAUACGGUGGUGAGGACCACGCUGAGGAAUGACCUGUCCCCUGAGGGCAUCAUCCACCACCUGAAGAUCCUGAGCCCCAUCCAUUGUGCCUUCCAGAACGACCUCCUGACGUCAUCAGGCUACACCCCAGAGUGGGGGGUUUCCACCAUCAUCGAGGACCUCCACGGAGCUGGCAGUUUUGUGACUGAGAUGCGGUUAUUUAUCGGAGACUCCCCUAUACCUCGAAAUUAUAGUGUGUCUGCCAGCGACGACGUCAAGAUUGAGGUGGGGCUCUGUAGACAGAAGAGCAACCUCAAGGUGGUCCUGACCGAGUGCUGGGCGACACCGUCCAGCAACGCCAGGGACCCGGUCACGUUCAGCUUCAUCAACAACAGCUGCCCCAUCUCCAACACGCACACGAAUGUGAUCGAGAACGGGGAUUCCAGCAAGGCCCGGUUUAAGCUGAAAAUCUUCUCCUUCAUCAACAACUCCAUCGUCUACCUGCACUGCCGACUCCGCAUUUGCAUGGACUCGCCUGGGACCACGUGCAAAAUAAAUUGCAAUGACAUCCGGUCCCCGAGAAGUGGUGAAGCAUCUGCCACGCACCAGACAUCCUGGGGGCCCCUCAUUCGGUCUGAAGGUGAGCAUCCAGGUGCGGAGCCAGGCCUGGGAGCUGGCUACCUCGUCCUCAUCGUGGUGGCUGCCUUUGCCUUGGUGGCAGGAGCAGGGGCCCUCGUCCUCGUGCACUACCAGAGAAUGACUGGCAAAUACAACUUCAGAGCCCAGUCGGAUGACUUCAGCUACCAGGUGUUCUAUGAGUAGGAGGCCCGGCCAGCCUGGAGGUAGCUGUGAAUCAACCUUGGUUCUCAAUUCAUCAAGCAUUGACGGAAGCCUGCUCUGUCCCACAUCCAGAGCUUGGAUGAGUCCCAGAGGUGGUGAAAACACAGCCUCUGACUGAUGCAGGAGACCCAUCAUCCGUUUAGGUCCCAGAGAAGCAAUGCCCACCAGGUGGGUGAGAGGAGCUGUUGGAGAGGGAGGCAGGGUGAGGGGGAUGCCCAGAGCCCCAGGCAUGGAUAUAUUCAAACCAAGCACGAAUGCAACCCUGCCAUCAUACAGAUCACCUCAACAACCCCGGAACUCCCAGACUCUUUACCAUACUAAUUGGUCCAAGUGGCCCUUUCUCGUUUUGCUCACCACUGACAUCUGUCACCUGCCACCCAUCCAUCCAUCCAUCCAUCCAUCAUCUUUCUACUCAUCCAUACAUUCACCCACCCAUCCAUCAUUCCAUCCAUCCAUCCAUCCAUCCAUCCAUCCAUCCAUCCAUCCGCCCACCCAUCC